UUGGACAAAGAACGUAAAGCUGUGUGGAUAUGUCAUGCAUGUAAAAAUCGUCAACCUAAGAGUGAUAACCAGAACACUCCCAUUCGCGGCAACACAAUGUACUCAGAAGGCUGUAUGGAGAAGGAGACAGAAGAAUUGGCAAGUAAUUUAAAUGUAAAAGUGCGCGCCAAGUCUAACAGGCGGGAGGAGAUUAAUUUAGCCCUCAAUGACUUCAAAAACGAGCUGACGCAAGCUACUGACUUUUUAGCUACUGAACAGGCGGAUUUGAAAGUAAAGGUAGAACAAAAAUACAAAGAAAUUAAAGAUUUACAGACUCAGACUUUAAAACUUAAAAAAGAAGUUUAUACCCUCAAUGGUCGACUGUCUACCAUUGAAAAAAUCUCUAGAGACAAUAACUUGGAAAUUAACGGUAUACAGGAAAAAGCCAGCGAGGAUCUGUUUGGAUUAUUUCACACCAUUUGCAACACAAUUAACUCGCCGAUUGCGGACAGCGACAUUCGUGCCUGUCGCCGUGUGGCUAAGAUGGAUCAAGCUGCUGUUCGAAUUAGAGCUGUUCCGUAUUAG